AAGGGUCCGGCGGACCGUUCCGGGUAUGGGGACCUGGAACUACGCGACAAGUACCUGAGCGGCAUCCCCUCCCGCGUCUACCGCAAGAUCGAGUUCGAAACCUUCACCAUGUGGCAAGAAGCUAAGAAGCGCGCCACUGAGGUCGAACAGAUCCUCGACAUCAGCCAGGCCCGUCGACCUGAGUUGAACAACUUCUUCUCGGCCCGAGAUCGAGGACGCGGAGGGGCACGUGGUGGUGCACCCCAGUCGCAUGCAGCUUCGGCCAGCAUCAAUGCGGCCGUCGGAAAAGGAAACUUCCCGGGCAGUUGUUUUGGCUGUGGGAAGCAAGGGUACCGACAAUUCGAGUGCCCCAAUUGUAAGGACAAGCCUUACACAAAACGCGCCAACGCGCGGGCUACGGUUGCCUCGGGAUCCACCCAGGUGGCGACAAGCGCCCCUGUCGCUUCAUCCUCGGCAAGUACAAGCGCCGCUUCAGCGAAAUCGGAAAGUUUCGAGCUGGCGGACUUGAUAGCACAGAUGAAGUCAAUGUGCGAGGAGCUCGAACACUAUCGGGCGAUGAAGGAGGAGUCUUUUUGA